CGGCGUCGUAAUGGCCAAAUGACAGGUGACAAAAUGCGUUACCCGUCACAGGCCGCUUUAUUUGCACGAAUAGUCUUGCUCAUUCUAAUGUCGCUGAUGUACGUGGACCCUUGUUCACCCUUUGGCGCCCCCUUUUUGUUGCCUUUUCCCACCUAGCUCAAAUAUGUGAUGCUACCCUGCGCUAUCGACGAAGAUAGCACCGGAUCACGCAGGGCGGGGUAUACAAUCAAUCUACUUCUAACCGGCUUUCGAGUAAACCGAAGGCGGGUGACUUUGUGUUGUGUUGCACGACUUGCAUCACAGUGGAGGCAGCCCAGAGGGGAUCCGCGGACCCGCGGACCCGCGCUGCGGUCGGCUUACAUCAAAUCUAGUAUAAGAAGGCCCCGGAAGGUGCCGAGCAUAGAACUCCCGCUCUGUUUUCCAUACCCACACCCGACAAACGACUCCUCGGGAACAAUCCAUCGUGUCCAGGCCAAGUCCCAGCUAAGUUAGUCCUAAGCGCCCGCAACGCUCAACAUCCAAAAUGCAGGUCGUGCAGACCAAGCCCGUCCCGACCGGAACGCCCGAGUUCGAGGCCAAGCGGGCCGCUCUGCUGCAAGAAUUCGCCAAAAAGGUGCCGCGGGACCUGUGUCUGCCCGAUGACAUCUUCACCAACCCGCCCGUCGACGUGACGGGCAUCCCCGCCAGCUGCGGCAUUCUGUCGGCCAGGGAGCUCGAGAUCACGGGAGAGCACGACGCCACCUCCCUGGCCGACGCCAUCGCGAACCGCCGGUACACGGCCGUCGAGGUGGCGGUGGCGUUCUGCAAGCGCGCCAUCGUCGCCCACCAGCUCACGGCCUGCCUGGUCGAGUGGUUCAUGGACGACGCCGUCGCGCAGGCCAGGCGGCUCGACGCGCACCUCGCCGAGCACGGCACCACCGUCGGCCCGCUCCACGGCGUGCCCGUCAGCAUCAAGGGCCACAUCCCCAUCGCCGGCACGUCCGGCCACGGCGGCAGCAUGGCGGAGAUCGCAAAGUCGGACCGCGACUGCCAGAUCGUCGCCAUCCUCCGCGGUCUCGGCGCCGUCUUCUACUGCAAGACGGCGCAGCCCCAGACGAUGAUGCACCUCGAGAGCGACUCGUUCCGCGGCCGCGUCCUCAACCCUUACAACAUCCACCUGUCGGCCGGGGGCUCUAGCGGCGGCGAGGCCGCGCUCGUGGCCAUGCGCGGCUCCGCGCUGGGCGUCGGCACCGACAUCGGCGGCAGUGUGCGCGGGCCCGCCGCCUUUUGCGGCAUCCACGGCCUCAAGACCACGUCGCGCGUCCUGCCCAUGCGCGACUUUGCCCCGCACCCCUUCGCCGCCGAGCUCAACGUGCUGGUGUCGGCCGGCCCCAUGUGCCGCAGCCUGCGGGACAUGGACCUGUUCAUGCGCAUCGUACUGGCCGCGCGGCCGCACCUCCUCGACCCCAACAUCGUCCCCAUCCCCUGGACCGGCCUCGCCACCGAAAGGCCCCGCCGGCCGCUCAAGGUCGGCAUCGUCGUCAACGACGGCUUCGUCGAGCCGCAGCCGCCCGUCAAGCGCGCCGUCGAGUGGGCGCGACGACUGCUAAGCGACCCGCGGCACGCCGGCGCUAUCGAGGUGAAGCCGUUCAAGCCGCACGGCGCGGCCGAGGCGUGGAAGCUGGUGCGCCGGCUGUACUGGCCCGACGGUGGGUCGGCGGUGCGGGACCCCCUGGUCGCGGCGGGCGAGCCCGUGCACCCGCUCAGCGCCGCCAUCUGGGCCGACGAGGAGGCGGGCGGGGUGCGGAGUGCGCUCGACGUCAACAACAUGCGGCGCGAGCGGGACGAGUUCCGGUACGCGUUCGCCGAGAGCUGGGAGGCGCAGGACGUCGAUGUGGUGCUGGGCCCGUCCUUUGUCGGCCCUGCCUGUGCCCACGACACGGCCCUGUGCUGGACCUACACGUCGCUUUACAACCUCGUCGACUACCCGGGCGUCGUCUUCCCCACACCCAUAAGGGCCGAGGCGGGAGAGGUGUACGACGACGUGUACACCCCGCUUAGCGACGAGUGUAGGCGGACCAGGGAUCUGUGGGACAAGGGCAGCUUCGUGGGGGCUCCUGUUGCGCUGCAGCUGGUGGCUCGGAAGUACCAUGACAGCCAUCUGUUGCUCGCUUUGGGGACCCUGGAGGCAAUAUUGGCUGGGAAAUGAAGCUUGGUCCAAGAGAACAAGCAGCGGGAUCUAACCAAGGUAGAAAUUUGCAAUGCCAUUUUCCAACACCAAACUCCGUGCAUCCAGGUAUUUUCAAAGGGAUUGAUCGCUUGGGAAGAAAGGAAAAGAA